AGAGUGUAUAUAAGGAGAGGCGAGGGAAGCCACUGGUGUGAAACAUAGCCACAGCAACAGAUAGCCGAAAAGCUAAAAAGCGAUACAGCACGCAGUCAUCUGGACAAAAAGGACAUUUCGAAUUAUUUAUUGACACAUUUUUCCUCAAACGACUACCUGCACAUUUUCGGGGAUAAUCGACGACCCCGUGCACCAGAGGGAAAAGGACGCAUCAUUUGCAUCUGCUUUGUUUUAUUUUUUUGUCUACCUACACUUACCUGGAUUGACAGACUUGAAAUCAAUCUCGCAAUCAUGCUGAACAACAUGGAUUUGAACUCUAAAGAUUCCUUCUACCCACAGUUUGAGAAUUGUAACGGUUCUUCCCUGGGGGUGGAAAAUAGCGCUCGGAAAGAUACCCAGGAGAUGUUUUCGGACGCAGAGAGAGGAGCACCUGCCCAGUAUACCCCUGAGGGAGCACCUGUAACCCUGAAAACUGAGGCCUCCAACUCAGAUUUCGCCUUUAAUCCCUGUGAGGGGCCCAAAGGCACCUCCUCCUCCCUCGCCUACUCAGGCAGAUUCUAUGUCGAGGCGACUCAGGGUGGCCCGUGCAGCACUGAGACAUUGCUCAACAUGAUCACAGAAAUUGUCGGUAUUUCUACGUUACCGAUCUCCGAAGUUCAACUGAGCACCAUGGACAGCAGCAGCUUCGGCGACGCGGGCGUCCAGAGGCAAUCCUCCACCUGCAGCGCCACCCCGCCCUUGUACUCGCCGGGGCAGACAUGCCCCAGAUACCCCGACGGUCAGUCCGGCGGCCAAGCUCAAGAUUCAACCUCUCCCCACGUGAGCUUCGGCUCCCCCGCUCAAGUCCGAAACCAGAACAGCACCACCGAGCCACAGUCAGAAGCUGCGUCUUUUCCAGUGGUGGUCAAGAAUGAAUUCGAUAGCAGCUGUUACGAAUGGGGCACGUUCAAUAAAUCGGACGCCUAUUUGGAAACGAGCUUCCAAACAUCAGAAACGUUCCCGAUGUCCAGUGACUUCCCGUCUGACCAACAAGUGGAUGUAAAGGAACUUUUGGACUCAUUUUCACCCAUGUGUCCUAACCCAGAGAUGGAGUUCAAAGUUGAAGGUGGAAUCAAGCAGGAGCAGUGCUAUUCUGACACCUGCUCUCAGAGUUUCUGCAGUUCUCUUUACCCCAACUACCCAGUGCCAGUCAUGGACCACUCAACCAACAACCUCCUCAAGCCAGCUAUGUUUCCCAACAUUGAACUUCCGCCAUUAUCUAAUCAGUGCGAUUCGUCUUGCCAGCUUACCUCACCAGCUUUACCCAGUACUAUAGACUCAAUUCUUUACUCCUCCUUGUUGCCAGACUCCUUUGCCCAAAGUUACACGCCGCGCGCGCAAAAGGCACCGCGUGUCAGGAAAAGCCCCGCCGCCUCUACCGGGCCUGCCAAAGAGAAACCCUUCACCUGCCCCAUGGAGAACUGCGACCGGCGCUUCUCCCGCUCGGAUGAACUCAACAGGCACAUCCGCAUCCACACCGGACACAAACCCUUUCAGUGCCGCAUCUGUCUGCGCAGUUUCAGCCGUAGCGACCACCUCACCACCCACACCCGGACUCACACGGGAGAGAAGCCGUUCUCCUGCGACGUAUGCGGCAAAAGGUUCGCUCGGAGCGACGAGAGGAAACGGCACGGUCGUGUGCACCUGAAACAGAAAGAAAAGAUGGAGCUGAAGCCACAAGUGAUCAGUGCGUGGCCAUUUACUCUUCCCGAGGGAAUUUGAAGAGACCCCAUUACGCACACGAGUAGCUCUGUCCACACAACAUUACAAUCUUUCCGUCGAAGAUAAAACGCUUAACAGUUCAUUGCUGAUUACAGGUCGACUUAUCAACGUUUGCGGUGUGACAUAUAGGUCGAGUGAAAUUGGUUUGACUGUGAACGUCUCUAUAGGGAGUCUAAGAAUAAGGAUGUUUUGCGAGUUAGAUUUGCAUAGUGCUAUAUCGGGGAGCGAAUUGUGAAAAGGGUCUGCUCUUUCGACCCUAGUUUACUUGCUGCUGCUGACUCUAUGCAAGACAUGCAUGACUUGAUUGUAAAACCUUCCCGAGUUGACAGCUCAACAGACACGUAUUGUGUUUCUCUGUUACAAUCAACCAAUUUGAUCAUUGCAAACCAAACACCAAGGCAUCAUAACAAAUGUCUUCACCAGUUCACUACCCUUUCGUCUGGACAGCUCCAACGUCAAACCACGACGAAGAAAUAUACCAUUGAGACAACGAACUGCAUCGAAAUUGCUGGGCUAUAUUGCACUUAUAUACCUAAUUUGAGAUAUCCUCUAUCCACUAGAAAGUCGUAUAUUUUUUGCUUUCGAGGCUUUUAUAACACUAACACUGCAACCAGUCAGAUAGUGGUUCUUCAAAUGCAUGUUUAUGUUCAUGUGGUAUUAUUAAAUAUAGCCAACAAAUAACUUAGUCCUCCACUUACCGAAUGGAAGUGUGAAGGAGACUUCGUUUUAUGACAUGAAUGUAACACAUUGUUCUUGGCUUUAGUCACAAAGCAGUCCAUUUGUGCCAAGGUUUUGAUAAUUUAUUUUGCUUUGCUGUUAGUAUUCUAUUGAUUGGUCUUUGUGUUGUAUUUAAAGAAAACUGGUUGAAUUAUUAAAUCGUGGAAG